AUGCCUUCCACGCAGUCCUUUAUCGGUGUGGUCGUCGCCGUCGCAGGCAACAUUACAAUCAGCCUUGCCCUCAACUGCCAAAAGCUGGCACAUCUCCGUCUCCAGCGGGAGAGCAGCCCUCCGGAAAAGCAGACCGACUGGCCCGACUGCGAGACUCGGCAGGAUCUUCGACAGGCUGACGACCAAGAGGUCGGCGACGAGGGGGAGGAUGCAAACGCGGCCGGGCCCCAGCUCGUUACGUCCGCCACUCGGCGGAUUGGGAAGCGCUCACGGGACGAAACAGCCAGCAGCUCCACGACUAGCAGCAGCGGUGCCGCCAGCUAUACCAAGCAGACGCUCCUCGAUAGCGAGGCCGCUUCGGACAACGGCGAGCGAGACGGUCAGGACAGUUCGCAUCGUUCACAGCACCAGAAGCCGACCUCGGAGGACGACAACGACGAAGAAGAGGACGACGGUGGUCAAGAUGGAGCAGAUCAUGGGAACGAGAGCAGCAGCCCGGGAACGCAGUACCUCAAGAGCAAGCUGUGGUGGCUGGGCAUCGCCCUCAUGACCAUCGGAGAAGGCGGCAACUUUAUCUCCUACGGCUUCGCGCCAGCUUCCCUGGUGGCGCCCCUGGGCGCCGUCGCCUUGCUCUCGAAUGUCAUCAUCUCGCCCAUCCUGCUCAAGGAGCGCUUCAAGGCGGCCGACAUCGGCGGCAUCCUUCUGGCCAUCAUUGGGGCAGUCACCGUCGUCUUCAGCUCGAAGCAGAGCGACGACCGGUUGGGCCCAAACGCGCUGCUUGCCGCCAUCAAGCGGAUCGAGUUCGUCGUCUACGCCUCGAUUUCCAUCGGCCUCGGCCUCUUUCUUGCCUUUCUCAGCCGAUCGCGGUACGCGGACCGGUGGGUGCUGGUCGAUGUGGGCACCUGCGCCAUCUUUGGCGGCUUCACCGUGCUCUCGACCAAGGGCAUCUCGUCUCUCAUCUCGGGCGGUCAACCGAUCGAGGCGCUCAAGUACCCCAUCACCUACGUGCUCGUCGUCGUGCUGGCAGUGACCGCCGUGGUGCAGAUCACCUACCUCAACCGGGCGCUGCAGCGCUUCGACAGCCGCGAGGUGAUCCCGACGCAAUUCGUCCUCUUCACGAUCUCGGCCAUUGUCGGCUCCGCCAUCCUCUACCGCGACUUUGAGGAUACCGACGCCAACCGCCUCAUCAACUUCCUCUUUGGCUGCCUCACCACCUUCGCCGGCGUGUUUGUCCUCACGCGCAAGAAAGACGACGAGAAUGGCGGAGGCCGUGGGGAAGAAGACGAAGGUGACGAAGACGAGGGAGAGGAGACGGAGGCGGCUGGCGAGCGCGAUCGGCUGAUGACCCGGUCGUGGCACGGCGGCGAUGAGAGGGGGGUAAGGUCGACCAGCCGAGGUCGUAUCGCGGCGCUGCCGGUCGAGGCGCUACCGUCGUCGAGCAACCGCAAGCUCGUCAAGAUCCACACGCCCAACAGACUCUCGCCACUUCCUGGUCGACCUGGUCCCCUGCCGGCCCCCUCGGCCAUGACAACGGGAUCGGUGCCCUUCUCGAUCCUCGCGCAGUCAACGUCUCGUCAGCGGUCUCGCACGUCGUCUCCGAGCCGCUUCCCCACCGCGUCAGGAGGCGGAAGCCAGGCGCCAUCGGAAGUAGCCAGGUCGGCGGGGACGACGACUGGCAUCCUCUCGACGUCGAUUGGGCUGCGCACGCCGCGACUGGGCUUGAUCAACCUCGAUCGACCCACGGGCCUGAGCCCGGGGCACUACCUGCUCCUCGCUACCCCACCACCUCCGCUUAACCUCAACGCGGCGCACCAGCACCAUGCUAGACCAUCAUCGUCGUACGGCUCGACCGGCGAGUCCGCGCCUCUGCUCCUGCCGAUGCACCAAGGUGACGUCGUCACUCCGGCGAGGCUGGGCAAGAAACGAUCGACACAGAGCGCAGGCGGAUUCUCGCCCUCGCCUUCGUCGAAUCGAUCGCCGAGUGGUCACCGUCGCGUCAAGAGCAGAGCUAGCGUCCUCAGCAACACCGUCAGCAGCGGAGGCGGCGAUGACGAGGGCAGCGACAAUCGGGACGCCUCUGGGAGAAGCGGCGAUGGCAGCGGGAAAAAGAGACGGACGAGCGAUGCAUGA